AUGACUGUUGAUUCAAAUACUCCUUCAGAUUUUGGUUUUGGUACCAAAGCCAUUCAUUCCGGUGCUCCUAUUGAUCCUCACACUGGUGCUGUUAUUGAACCAAUUUCUUUAUCAACCACUUUUGCUCAAUCAGAACCUUCUAAGCCAAUUGGUAUUUAUGAAUAUUCAAGAUCUGCUAAUCCAAAUAGAGAUAAUUUUGAAACUGCAAUUGCUGCUUUAGAAAAGGCAAAACAUGCUAUUGCAAUUAGUUCCGGUUCUGCUACUACUGCUUUAAUCAUCCAAUCUUUACCAAUUAAUUCUCAUAUUAUUUCUGGUGCUGAUGUUUAUGGUGGUACUCAUCGUUAUUUUACUAAAGUAGCCCCAAGUCAUGGUAUUCAAUCUCAAUUUGUUCAAAAUUUAGUGGAAGAUUUAGAAUCAAAUAUUAAAGAAAAUACUAAAUUAGUUUGGUUAGAAACUCCUUCAAAUCCAACUUUAUCAGUUACUGAUAUUUCAAAAGUUUCUAAAAUUUUAAAUAAUCACUAUGAAAAAACUGGUAACAAAAUCUUUUUAGUCGUUGAUAAUACCUUUUUAUCUCCUUAUGUUUCAAAUCCUUUAACUUUUGGUGCCGAUGUUGUUGUUCAUUCAAUCACUAAAUAUAUCAAUGGUCACUCUGAUGUUGUUGGUGGGGUUUUAGCUACUAAUAGUGAUGAAUUACAUGAUAAAUUCCGUUUCUUACAAAAUGCUAUUGGUUCAGUUCCUUCUCCUUUUGACUCUUGGUUAGCUCACCGUGGUUUAAAAACUUUACAUUUACGUGUUAGACAAGCUUCUUAUUCUGCUUUAAAAAUUGCUGAAUACUUAUCCUCAAAUGAGCAAAUCUUAAAAGUUAACUAUCCUGGUUUGAAAUCUCACCAAAACCAUGCUGUUGUUUUAAACCAACAUAGAGAUGGUUUAGGUGGGGGUAUGAUUUCUUUUAGAAUUAAUGGUGGUGCUAAAGCUGCUUCUAUCUUCACUUCAUCUACUAAAUUAUUCACCUUGGCUGAAUCCUUAGGUGGUAUCGAAUCCUUAAUUGAAGUUCCUGCCAUCAUGACCCACGGUGGUAUUCCAAAAGCUGAAAGAGAAUCUUACGGUGUUUAUGAUGAUCUUAUCAGAGUAUCUGUUGGUAUUGAAGAAACUGACGAUUUACUUACCGAUGUCAAACAAGCUUUGGAACAAGUUAAGGCUGCUGGUUUGUAG